UGCAUAUCAAAAAAACAUCCGAAGUCAUUUAAGUACAAGACACUUCAUGUGAAAAAACAAUUUUUACCCUUUGGUUUCCAUCGUUUCUUGAUUCAUGAUAUAGUUCUGCUAUGUGAAUGCAUAGUUUUUGCACCAACCAUUCUAAUAAAAUAAAGCUUAAUUUAAGAAGCCUCCAAAGGCCAAUUCAAGAAAAAUAGAGCAUCGGACUAAAAAUAGAAAUACCAAUAAAGUAGGCAACUCAUCAGUUGCCAGGAUAAAAAGAUAAGUCACUAACAAACUUAUACACAUAUACACAGAGGAAUCUCAUGACUACUCAAAUGGAGAGAUCUAAGUCAGUACUACAGCCCCCAGCUUUUGGGAACUUAAUCACAGUUCUUAGCAUCGAUGGUGGAGGAAUCAGAGGUCUUAUCCCAGCUAUUAUCCUCGACUUUCUUGAGAAUGAGCUUAAGAGAAUAGAUGGUGAAGACGCAAGAAUAGCAGACUAUUUUGAUAUAAUUGCAGGGACAAGUACUAGUGGCCUCAUCACUGCGAUGUUAACAGCUCCGGAUGAAAAAAAGCGCCCUUUAUUUUCCGCUAAAGACAUCAAGAAUUUCUAUCUCCAGAAUUGCCCAAAGAUCUUCCCUCAAGAUCGCAAUAUGUUUACAAAAAUUAUGAAGAGCUUAAAUGGGCCACUAUAUGAUGGAAAGUACCUCCACGACUCCAUUAGGAAGAGGUUUAAAAAUAUCAGAUUGGAAGAUACGUUAACUAAUGUUGUUAUUCCUACCUUUGACAUCUCGACACUCCAGCCAACAAUCUUUUCCAGCUAUGAGAUGAAGGAAAAGCCGUAUUUGAAUGCCUUGCUGUCAGAUAUUUGCAUAGCAACAUCAGCAACACCUACUUAUCUUCCACCGCAUCACUUUGAAACCAUUGAUCAUGAGGGACAGAAGCAUGAGUUUAACCUAGUUGAUGGUGGUAUGGCAGUAAAUAAUCCGACUGUUAUUGCAAUUGGUGAAAUUGCUAAGCAACUCAUUCGCAAAAGUAGCGAUUUUGACGUAUCCCAAUCCCUAGAUUAUCGUAGAUUUUUGGUUAUAUCUAUUGGAACUGGUGAACGCAAAAUGAAAUUGAAAUAUAAUGCAAAAGAGGCUUCAAAAUGGGGCCUCUUUGCAUGGUGGUUCAAUGCCAAUGGCUCUACUCCCCUACUUGAUAUUUCCACUCAAUCUAGCAUUGAUAUGGUUGAUAACCACCUUUCAGUUGUCUUCAAAGCCCUUGGCAGUGAACAAAAUUACCUACGCAUCCAGAUAUAUCAACAAAGUUAUGAAACACAGGAGGAUGGCUUAGAAGGGUCAUUGUCUUCACUUGAUAGAGCUACCAAUGAUAAUUUAAAAUAUUUGAUUGAGGUUGGUGAAGACUUACUUAAAAAGAAAGUUUCAAGAGUGAACUUGGAAACCAAUAAGUUUUUCCCGUACAGUGAAAGAACUAAUCAAGAAGCUCUCAAAGAUUUUGCAAAGCAACUUUCAGAUGAGAAGCGCCUUCGUGACCUUGCAACCUUAGCAAAAGCGAAGUCAGAACCAUGUAUCAUGUUGGAGAAAAAACCAAAUUUUGCAGCAUUCGGAAAAUUUCGAAUUAAUGUCUAAACGAUAUAUAGUUUAAUUACAAUAGCACUUAAAAUGGUGAAUUAUGGCUAAGAUUACCUUACAUAUGAUCUAGACAUGCCUAGUUAUGCUGAGAGAAUUAAGUGUACGUAUAUUAUUUUGUACCGAACCGCUUUGGAACCGAACCGGAUUUAAGAGUUUACAAGAACCAGAAACCAUACCGCCAGUCCCGGUCGUGGUACCAAAUUUGUGGUUA